UUUCCAGUCAAACUUUUAUCGACUCAAAUCAGUUGAAUCUAUUAUCAUUAUAUUUGUUAAUAAUAACAACAACAACAACGACGACGACAGAGCCAUUAAAACUACGUUUAAAGUGCAUUUGCAUUUUUCAAACAGCUAACAACGUUUUUUUCCUCAACGUACCCGAAGGCAACAUGUUUACUGCUACAAACAGGCUUCCGUCGUUAUUUUAAUUCCAGUAUUGACACUAUUUUCAACCAUUUUCCCCACACAUAAACAUGGUUACAGAGUGCAAACAAAUGUGUUGAUCACAUGUAUUAAACCCUUAUUUAAUUUUAAUUGUAAAGUUGUUUCGGACUUAGUAAGAAGGUAGUUUUAAGCUAGGUAACCGCAUCAGUUAGCAGUGGUUAGCUCAGAAUUCAGCUAUCGUUAGCAAGCUGUAAUUUUUUUUAAAGGAAGAUACCUUUAUAUUUGAAGAUGGACAAGUUUGUGGUUCGGCUUCCCAACGGAGAAACACCCAAACAGCCGAAGAGCGACGAGAGAGUUUACAAACAAGCAACAAUUGAGUCUCUACGGAGGGUAGUUGUGAUCGAGGACAUCCUGCGCUACAAGUCGACGCUGGAGCUGCCAGAACAGAGCAAGGAGAACCUGAUGAACGCCCUGACUGAGCUGAGCAAGAAGAUCCCAUCCAAAGAGGUGCUCAGGUCCACUAAAAUAGAUCACAUUGUCAACAAAGUGCAAAAGCAUCCGGAUCCUGAGGUGAGUUCUCUGGCAGCAAAGGUUUACACUGACUGGAGGACGUUCAUUGAGGAGAAUUCAAAUAAGCCGUCUAUUGAAGUGCGCUCUGACAAACAGUCCGAAGGGCUCAGGAACAACGCUCGGAGGCUGCUGUCUGAAGCGCUGGAGGUCAAGGAGGAUUCUGGACUUAUAGACAACAUUGAGAGAGAAGUGUUUCACCAGAGCUCCCGGUUAGUGAGCAGCUCAUACAGACGGACCGUCAGGGCGCUGGUGUUCGCCUUCAGACACAACCCUGACAUCAAAAGUCAAGUGAAGGACAGCAAAAUAUUGGUCAGCCAGCUGGUUUUAAAAUACAAAAAAUAAGCGAACACAACUUAGUCUGUGACCCGGACCUCAUAUAGAAGAGAUUUUAAAAUCAUGUGAAUUUUUAUUUUUAAGCUUUAAUCAUGUUCAGUUUGCUGGGAAAAUACAAAAUACUUUUAUACUUUGUGGCACAUCAAUAAAUGUAUACUUUUUUAUGAG